AUUUAUACAGAUACAUACACUGUAGUAUAUCUGCCAAGGUUAACUAAAAUUGCUGGAAUAAAAAUAGAUCUCUGCCCUGUAAUGGACUGGUCCAAGCAACAUGGCGACGGAUGGAAGUGAAACACCAUAGCCAUGUUGAGGAGAGGUCUACAUAGGGUGUCUGGUCUGGCCUGGGGACCGCCCAGCCGACUGGCAUCGACUUCAGCAGGCAGGGAGGUACGACUGUGGUUCAGACCUGCUCUCAUUGGUGGAGGGGUGGCCGCUGUGGCUGGCACCGUGCUAUGGAACUGGAGAAGGCAGCUGAGGGCGGUGGAAAGCGUGUCGGUGGCCCAUGCUGAGGGGAAGGAGAUAGAUGUGGUGGAGACAGAGGAGGAGGGGGAGGGGGAGGUCAAGAAGAAGAAGAAGAAAGGACCAGGCUUUCGGGACAGGAGGGUGAUUGAGUAUGAGAACAGAAUCCGUGCUUACUCCACUCCAGACAAGAUUUUCCGCUACUUCGCUACACUGAAAGUCUACGAUGAAGAGGGGCACCAUGAAAUCUACAUGACUCCGGAGGACUUCGUCCGCUCUAUCACACCUGGUGACAAACAACCAGAAGGACUUGGACUGGACCAGUUUAGACAUGUGCACAUCAAGCAUCACCACACUGCUUCACACGCCGAGCUCUUGGCGCUUCACGAUCACCAUUCUCUCCGUAUGGGACUCCAUACUAAAGCUAUACGUGCGGAUGUGGAGACUAAAUUUGGAGAUGAUGGCAACAUCUUUAACAAACUGGGAGAAAAUGGUCUCAUCAACUUUACUGACUACAUCUUCCUACUUACUGUACUGGCAACCCCACGACGGAACUUCGAGAUAGCAUUCCGUAUGUACGACCUGGAUGGGAAUGGACACCUCUCAUAUGAUGAGUUUGAAAAGGUCCAGAGUGUCGUGUUCCACCAAACGUCGACAGGAAUGCGACACCGCGACCGCAGCACCACGGGGAAUGUGAUGGCUAAGGCCGGAGUCGGCAGUGCGCUGGCCAGAUACUUCUUCGGAGAGGAGAUGGACCAGACUCUGACAGUGGACAAGUUCUUGUCCUUCCAGUCACAACUGCAACAUGAAAUUCUUAGGAUUGAGUUUGAGAGAUAUGACCCAGAUGAUGGGAAGAUCUCGGUGCGAGACUUCUGUGACGUCAUGCUGACGUAUGCAGGACUGUCAGACAACAGGAAGAAGAAGAUGAUGGCCAGGGUCAAGAAAUACUUCAAGGAGAAGGAGGAUGAGGAAAUACCCGGAGUGACCUUCGAGGACUAUAAGAACUUCUUCCAGGUCUUAAAGAACAUAAACGAUGUCGACACAGCACUGACAUUUUACCAUGUGGCAGGAGCCUCCAUAGAUCCAGCCACCCUGAAGCAUGUAGCCCUGACAGUAGCAGGAGUGGAGCUGAAUGAUCAUGUCGUGGAGAUUGUCUUCAAGCUGUUUGAUGAAAAUGAUGAUGGUGAGCUGAGUAACAAGGAGUUUGUGUCCAUCAUGAAACAGCGCAUGAUGCGAGGACUGGAGAAACCAAAGGACACGGGCUUCACACGACUGCUCUCAGCCAUGCUCAAGUGUACAAAGGAAACUAAACUCAUCUAACCUAGUCUGGGCUUGUUGCUGCUUUCAGUGUUGUGUUGUAUAAAAAAUUAUGAAGAAAAAAAUAAUUUAGAAGAAUAUUUGUGCCAGAUAAAGACCAGGGGGCUUUGUAUAAAUGCCAUAUUGCAUAUGAUAACUCAUGAGGCUCCACAUUAUCACAUGUAGUUGUGAUGUGACCUAAAUCAUAGAAUUGACCCAUCUGUGACUUGCUAGUCCAAGGCAAAAAUGUGUUAUACAUAUUUGUGAGUUUCUACCGAAAUGAACAUCUAAGUAAAAAUUUAUUCAGAAUAGUAAUAGUACCAUAGCACAUAGCACAU